AUGGGCACAGAGCAGAACCACACACAUGCAGGUAAGAUGGUGCUAUACAGAUAUUAUUGAACAAGGAGUCUAAAAGAGAGAGUUAAAGUUCAUUGAAAAAUGCUGAGAACACUUCUACUGGGUUUCAGGUUUGUUGAUAUGUUUGCCUUUAUUAUGAAGAAACAAUAACAUUGAUUGAACUGAACAAAUUUUAAAAGCACUGUGGUGUAAAAUCUUUUUUUUUUUGCUUGCGUUAUUUAGUCAAAAUAAAUUUUGUGUCUUUAUUUAAUUUCUUCAAACUUGUGCCAAAAUUUUGAAAUAUUCAGCAAUGAAAUGCACAAUGCAAAAUACAAAAUGUGCAAAAAAUUUGUUACAACAGCUUUGUAGUAUAAGCUGUUGAAUGGUGAAGUCAAGUUUAAAAAUAAGAUGGAGUAACACUUUUUUAUACCUAAUUUAUCUUAGGUAUGUCUUUUUACGGUCACGCAGCGGUCACAUUAACAUUGUUGCUUUAGAUUGAAACAAAGGAGUAUAAAUUACUGUAAUGGCUCUAUAACAUCAUGUCCACUUAAGCAUAAAAUAUUCCUAAACUGAUGUUAUCAAGGUACUUAUGGAACAUUUAAAACAAUAAAAAAACAACAUGAUAAGUAAAAUUAAGGACGGGUAAGACAAGGGUGGAGGAACAUGAAAUACAUGCUGAAAAUCCAAAGUCCAUGAAUUUCCAUGAGAAGUACAAUUAGAUUGGAAUAUGUGUAAGGAGAAACCAGUACAGACCGCUUUGUCCACAGGGGGACACAAAAAUGAACAAAAGCCAAAAGUUUCUCACUGUAGCUUUAAUGACAUAUUGAUAUGAUUGUACUCUCUGUCAGGUUAAAUGUAUAGAAAUUAGAGUAUUUAUCAUUAUCUAGAGGACACAUUCUAGAUUGAAAAGCUCCUUUGUUCACUCCUCCUAUUUGUGAAGCGAUAGUGGACUUUGAGGACAAGAAGUCCUUUUGACAUGCCAGGUUUUCAUCAUCUCAAAAUGUCUAUUAAUACAUAGUGUUUCGCCUACAACAAUAGCUACUUGUUGCAUCUUCUUCUCUGAACUUGUGCAUUUUGUAUGGUCACUCACUACAUUCAAAAACAUGUUUUUACUAGUUUGUCUGUUUUGUGUGACUACAGAAAAAUGGAGGUGCAAGAUGGAAACCUCUGUGAAUGGAGACCUGCUUUUGAGUAGAUAUAAAAGGCUCAUGUUAGGUUGAUAAAAAUAAGAUUAUUUUUAUAUUCCGGUCAUUUUACACCAAUGUCAGCAUAUUAUACCGCAUUUGUACCAGUUCCAAGUCUUGAUAAAAGCUGCUAAUUUUACAAACUGCACAGUUAAAGCUCUUGUGAGAAACUUUUAGUUUUUGAUGAUUGCAGCACCUCUUGUGGAAAAAUUUGAACAUGUUAUUUCUUUGCUGAUUUUGUCCUGAAAAUCAGUAAAUAACUUCGUUUUAACAGAAAAUCUGCUCCUGCUGUCUUUGACAAUGAAACGUAUCACUUAUUGUGAAUCUUUGCAAUGCGAAAGUAAAUAUGUCCAUCUGACAUCUACUUGGUGGCAGCAAUAACAGAUAUCGAAGAAGAGGAAGAAGACUCGUCUAAUCACGUUUAUAAUGUUCAUUUUUGUAUAAUUCAGAAGCUCUUUUUUAAAAUCUAGACUGUUUUAUUGGAAACUAAAAAUUCCUCACGGGAGCUUUUAAAGAGUACCGUAAAUACUGAAUAAAACAUUUUAAGUUAAGAAUACUAGAUGAUGAUGAUUGCAGCAGCAUCUGGACUCAAAUCAGUAGAACAUAUUUAUAAACCCAGGUGUCUAUUUUUGUCACAGAUUGUGAUUUAUUUAGAUGUCAUUCUCUGUUUGUGUAGAUAGAGGAAGGAUUUCACUCUCAGAGUAAUGAUUAUGGUCAUUUGGACGGUGAAAUGUCAGUGUUUUAUUUCAGGUUCUUCGGAUUACAGCUGUUUUGUUUCAGACCUGAUCUGAUUAUGGUUUUGACAGGUUUAGUAACAAAAAGAGCACUGUUUGCUUAGUCCUAUUUCUGUUCACCAUGAUUUCUAUAUAGAGCACUGAAAACAUGUGUUAGAAAGUGUAAGAACCACCUGUGUCUGAUCUGCUCUCAUGUCAGAUUACAGUUCUUCAGUUUGUUUGGUGUUAACAGUUUUGGGGUUUGCAUCUCUGUUGUGUUCUUGUUUUUGUGGUAAUGUCUAUUCUUCUUAAAAGAGCUUAAUUAGAAGUAAAAGAUACUAAAAAAUUUCACUCAGUACACAGGUCAAGAUUAUGGUUAAAUUAUUGUUGUUAAUUUAUUGUAAAUUUAGUUGAACAUUUUCUUUUAUGUCAUUUAUUCUGUUGUAAGUAUUUUUGCAGCAGAUGACAGUCCAAUAUAAAUCUGUAAGAGACCGUUUUUCCUUGCUCCAGUAACUUUCUAAAUGCUACAGCGGGUGUCACUCAUGGUCGAUUAAAAUGGUAUUAGAAUGAGUUUUAUCUUGAUACCAUACCCAUAUAACACAAUAUCAUUUCAUUGUAUUGUAUCAUGCUGUAUUGUACUGUAUGGCAUGAUAUGAUGUGGUAUGGUAUAUGAGAUGUUGUAUUAUAUUGUAUCAUAUCUUGUUGUAAUGUAAGGAAUGUUGUUAUACCAUAUUGUAUUGAAUAAUGCCAUAUCAUAUUGUAUCUAAACAAUCUGUAUCAUGUUUAAUCAUAUCCUAUCGUAUCAUGUCGUACCAAUCUUAUCAAGAUGUUCAGUCCUUAUCAUUAACAUCUCAUGGUAUGGCUAGGUAAGGUAUCAUAUUGUAUCAUAUAGCACUAAAUCAUAUCGUAUCUCAUCAUAUAGUGUCCUAUUGUAUCCUAUCAUAUUUUAUCAUCUUAUCAUUUCUCAUCGUAUCAUUUCUUACUGCAUCGUAUAUUUACAUGUCAUACUGUAUCAUACUCCACUGUAUCCUAGAAGGUGAGUCUGAUUUCUAUCAAAAUGGUGAGUCUAAAUAUAAAUAAUAUUUAAUAUCUAAAAAUAAUUUAACAGCACUACUAUUUAAAGCUUUAAUUCUGCCUCUGUGUUUAUUCUUUCUGAACUGAAACACAAAGAUAAAUUCCCUGUAUAGCAAUACAAAGAUAAACCUGAUUCUGAUUAAGAGUUAGACACAUGUAGCAAUCUAAAGAUCAUAUUUUGUAUCUGGAACUGGAAAAAAAGUACAGGUAUCUAAGUUUCUUCAUAAUUCACAUUUUUUCUGUUUAUGUUUUUCUGUUCCUUUUUGUAGUUCUUCGUCUUUUGUCAUUGUUGCUGAUGUUUUUGCAGAUAAUGUGACUGCCAUUCUUGUCUUAUUCACCCCCUUUAAAAUGCACUCUUUUUGCAGGUUAAAUAAUUAGAUAUGUUGAUGUGUGUGUUAGAAAGCUUAAUGAUCUCUGUGUUUGGACUACUCAAACCUCAGAUUACAGUCAUGCAGACGGUUCAUGAAAUGUGGGUAACAGCGGUAGUACUUUAGGUCAAUUACUAUUUUUCUCUGUUUUUCUCUUGGUUAUUUUUAGGAUGGGGUAAAAUUAGAAGUAACAGACCCUGUAUAGUUGUAAUCAGCUGUAAAAAGUUAGACAUGACUGAAACAGUAAAAUGUUGAUCUGCCAGAGGUUUAAUCACGGAGGAUGAACUCUGCUGCAGUUUGUAACCUGUAAUCCAAAAUCCUAAAAACUGUCAUUAAACUGUCUGAUGUCCUUGAAUUCUCUCUGCUCAGCAGGAUAAACAUAAAAACAGACAGUCUGAGAUAUUUUUAACAUGGGAAUGAAUAAUCACCACUUCGAUUGGUUGAUUUGAAAUUUACUCCAAAAUAACCACCAAAAAAAAAAAAAAAAAAGCAAUGUCAUUGUACAAGCAAUGACAAUUAUUCCAUAAAACUAACUGUAAAUAAAUGGUCAUAAUGAUUAAUGAAUCAAAAAUCAAGAUCAAGAUCUGUCUUUUCAUGCUGUCUUAACAAAUAAAGUUGAGUUGAGUUGAGUUGAGUACAAGCAAUGACAAUUAUUCCAUAAAACUAACUGUAAAUAAAUGGUCAUAAUGAUUAAUGAAUCAAAAAUCAAGAUCAAGAUCUGUCUUUUCAUGCUGUAGAUCUCACUCACUUAUGUUGUCAUGGUCCUAAAAACAUCACCUGCUUAAAUCUUGUGUAAGAGAACUGUACUUUAUUUUUUUAUUAUAUUUUUAUACUAUACUGUACUUCACUUGUAAUGAAAAACUGUUGAGAGACGGGUGAGGCCUGUAAUUUGAAAAAAAAUUAAUUUGGAUCUCAUGCAAUGGAGGAUGCUACAGUCACCUUAAUUAAUUUUCUUUUGAAACAUCUGGAAGGGAAAGAGACACAUGCCAAAGUUUGAUUUAUUGACUUUUUGUCUGCUUUUAAUUGAAUUUUUGAAGUCAACUACAAGGCUGUGUUCAAAAAAGGACACAAGCGACUGUACUGCCAGAGAAAACUGUUUUCCUUUCACAUUGAUAAAACAUUGCUUUAUCGUGUUUUUAUUGAGUCUGCUUUAUCCUUCGGCUUAGAGUCAUGGUUUUGGAACCUGUCUUUAAAAAUAGGAAUUGUCCAAAUAAGGCUGUAAAAUGGUCCAGCAGACUGAUGGGAGAGUCACAGCCUAACCCAGACUCCCCGUAUACCCCUCUGUUACAGAGGAUGGCUGGCUUUAUGAUAAACAACGACUCCCACCCAUUAAACAGUGAAUUUCAGCUUCUUUCCUCUGGAUGUAGGUUCAAAGUACCAGCCUGUAAAACCAAGCUACAGUAUAUAAUAAUGACUUUGUCCCAGCAGCCACCAGAGAGAUCUAUAAGUCAUGAUAACACAGCAAUGAUGCUGUAGAUACACAUUUUGCACUAUUUAAUUUGCCAUCCUUUAUCUUGUUGUCACUGUUGGGGUGUUUGAACUUGCUUUUAUUUACCACAUAUUUAUUGUUUUAUGACAGUUUUAUUUUUUCCUGCUUUUAUUCUUCUUUGCUUUUACUGAAAGCUUAUUUUAUCCUAUUUUAUAUUGAGUUUAAUUUAUUCAGCGUUGAGCACUUUUGUCACUUUUUUUUUGGUUUUAAGCUGUUUGUUUGUUUGUUUAUAUGCAAACAGAGAUGACUCACUCACUGUUAACUUAAUUUACCUAUGGGUACAAAUGAGGUAACCUUGACCUAGAACCUUGGUGGUCUUACUCUUUCUAUUGUUCUGUAGUCCAGCAGGGGGGCCUCCUGCUGAGAGCAGCUCUGCUCUCUGUCCUGCUCCUCGGUCCCCAGCAGGGGGCGUCAGACUCAGAUGAGGGGGUCCUGACAGAGUGGGAGAUCUGGAAGCUCAGAAAUGGAAUCAGCCAUGAUGAACUGGUGAGAUUGGCUCUGAAUAUGAAAUAACAGCACCUACAUCAUGAAUUAUAUAGACAGAAAGAUAGAUAUGUCAUGGUGUCAUUGAUAAUAAUAUGUGGUUUUUCAUGGUGCAGGACGACCUGCAAAGGAGAGCCAUCUGGGAGGAGAACAAACGGAUCAUCGAGGACAACAAUCAGGGGUUCUUAAUAGGACAGAGGCCGUUCACCAUGAUGAUGAAUAAAUAUGGAGACCUGGUUAGAAGUUCAAAUCCAGACACAACUUCCCACAAAGCUGCAUUUUGAAAGUUGAAGUUUGACAGAUGGUUAUGGAUCAGAAUGAAAUCACUUUGAGAUAAUCGUAGAGAGAAGGUGAAAUAAGCAUGUUUAUCAAUGACUCGAGAAAAUCUGCUCUUAUACUCUCUGUAUGUAGACCAGACAGGAGUUCCAGGUGCUCCAAGGUGCCAUGAUAGACACUCAGUUCGUGAGGAGAGGAAAAACUGCCUCUGCUCGAAAGCUGAGAGUUAAUGCCAGGAAGUUUGACAGCUGGUUUGUGGACUACAGGAAGAUGGGUUACGUGACUGAGGUGAAGGACCAGGUAAGAAGCUCCUGGCCUCACCUGGAGAGGGUUUUAUUCAGGGUGAAUCGUGAGUAUCUUCAGAUCUGCUGUGUUAUAAAUGUUUUAUCCAGGGUUACUGUGGCUGUUACAGAGGAUGGCUGGCUUUAUGAUAAACAACGACUCCCACCCAUUAAACAGUGAAUUUCAGCUUCUUUCCUCUGGAUGUAGGUUCAAAGUACCAGCCUGUAAAACCAAGCUACAGUAUAUAAUAAUGGCCAGGGUUUUAUUCAGGGUGAAUCGUGAGUAUCUUCAGAUCUGCUGUGUUAUAAAUGUUUUAUCCAGGGUUACUGUGGCUCCUGCUGGGCCUUUAGCACUACAGGAGCCAUUGAGGGCCAAAUCUUCAAGAAGACGGGUCAGCUCAUUUCUCUGAGUGAGCAGAACCUGGUGGACUGCUCCAGAUCCUACGGUACCUAUGGCUGCAGCGGGGCUUGGAUGGCAAAUGCCUAUGACUAUGUGAUCAAAAACGGGCUAAUGUCCACCAGCUCGUACCCGUACACAUCUGUGGUGAGGCUCAACUUUCGGUCUUUGACCACAUCAGACCUGUUCUAGUAUUUUAAUGUUUGGGUUUGGUGGCUGACUGAGGUUUGUCUCCACAGGACACUCAGCCCUGUUAUUAUGACAGCAGGCUCGCCGUCGCUCACAUCAAAGACUACAGGUUCAUACCUAAAGGGGACGAGCAGGCUUUAGCUGAUGCCGUGGCAACCGUUGGACCAAUCACAGUGGCUAUAGAUGCGGAUCAUUCAAGCUUCCUCUUCUACAGCUCAGGCAAAUUUUUUAUGUUGAAGCUGCUACUAAUUGAGUUUAUACUGUUUAUUAUAUAGUUAUUGGAAUAAGAUAUCAUGAAGCUUAAUAACUAGAUCAUGAAUAAAAAAAACUGUAGUGUUAAAUUUAACCACAACUAACCACUAAAUAUAGCGAUUAAAAAUUGUGCCGGAAGGGCCAUUUUAAAAGGCUUUCAAGUGGCCCACCCAUUUAAGAUUAAACAUAAAGAUAAAGCAUUAUUCAACACAGAAGAGUUUUAGAUUAAACUGUUUUCAAACUAGCAAUCAAACUUGAAUUAAGCAAGUUCUGAGUCACUAUUUUGGUUUACCAGUAUACAUACUGUAUAUACAUGUUUUAAGGUGAAUUUUGGCUUUUGCAAAGUCAGAGUCAUGGAAAGGUUUCAGCUGAGUGAAUAAGUCUCAAAUCAAGCAACUAUAUCAUGUGGUGCUAAAAUAGUAUUUUCUUUAGGUCUGAAUGCUCAUUCAAAGCUUCUUACUGUUCUAAAUUUAAGGAACGAAAUCUUAAGUUUUUCAUGCCCAUGUUUUUUAAAAAUGAUUUUAUCUUUCAAAAUUUUUCUCUUUAUUUUUGAGCCAAACUAUUUUUGGGUUUCUGGCUCACCUGCACUCCAGAUGUAUUUUAUGUACAUUUUUUUCCCUUGUAUGAUUUUUCUUUUGAUAACCUACAUUUCAGGAAUCUAUGAAGAGAUCAUGUGUAACCCAAACAACCUGAGUCACGCUGUGCUGCUGGUUGGUUACGGCACAGAAGGAGGGAAGGACUACUGGAUCAUCAAAAACAGGUCUGAUAAAUUGACUAACCUUUACAUCAAUCCCACAUCACCUGUACACGUGUUAAUGAUGGACUGAAUCGAAAAUGACCUGCUGUUUUUUUCUCUCAGUUGGGGCUCCAGUUGGGGUGAAGGCGGCUACAUGCGGAUCAUUCGAGAUGGCUCAAACGCGUGCGGCAUCGCAAGUUAUGCCUUAUACCCUAUUCUGUGA